AUGCUUCCACGAGUCAAGGAAACAUACGUUGCAUGUCUGGGCAGAACAGGGUGUGACAAUAAGGGCUUAGAGGAAGGACAUGAAGAUGACGAGGAAAAGCGUGAUAAAUAUGAGAAUCGUGGAGACGAGGAUAUGAAUGAAGAGGAAAGAGGGGACGAGCGAGUUGGACUAAAGGGAGAUUCACAUAGCCCACAGAGAAUUGCACAUACUAAGAAGUCUUUUAAGUAUGGGAAAAUUUCAGCCGGUUGA